GUUAUAGGAAAGGAUGCUUGCUCACAAACAGAAAAAGACAAAGAAAAAACGUGUUUUGGCAUCAGGCCAAGUCUCUACUGAUGUUACAGCUUCUGCAAUGGGGCUCAAGUCCGUAAGUUCCAACUCCAUUUUUGAUCCGGAUUACAUCCAGGAGUUGGUGAAUGAUAUCAGGAAGUUCUCCCACGUGUUACUCUAUUUGAAAGAAGCUAUUCUUUCAGACUGCUUUAAAGAAGUUAUUCAUAUACGCCUGGAUGAACUUCUCCGUGUUUUAAAGUCUGUAAUGAAUAAGCAUCAGAACCUCAAUUCCAUUGAUCUUCAAAAUGCUGCCGAAAUGCUUAUUGCAAAAGUAAAAGCUGUGAACUUCACAGAAGUGAAUGAAGAAAAUAAAAACGAUCUCUUCCGAGAAGUGUUUUCUUCCAUCGAAGAAUUAGCGUUUACCUUUGGGAAUAUCCUAACAAACUUCCUUAUGGGAGAUGUAGGCAAUGAUUCAUUAUUGCGACUUCCUGUGUCUCGGGAAAGUAAGUCCUUUGAAACCACUUCUGAGGGAUCAGUGGACUCAUCCCAUGAAAAAGGAAGUUUAUCUCCUAUAGAACUCGACAACGUGCUAUUGAAGCACACAGACUCUGUAGAAUUGGCUCUGUCAUAUGCCAAAACGUGGUCUAAAUACACCAAGAAUAUUGUCUCAUGGGUUGAGAAAAAGCUUAAUUUGGACCUGGAGUCCACCAGAAAUAUUAUCAAGUUGGCAGAGACAACUAGAACUAACAUUGGACUACAGGAGUUCAUGCCACUGCAGGCGCUCUUCACCAGUGCACUGCACAAGGACAUAGAGAACAGCCGCCUCGUACAAGAGACGCUUGCAGCCCUCCAAGCCAACAAAUUUAUACAGCCUUUACUUGGGAGGAAAAAUGAAAUGGAGAAACAAAGGAAAGAAAUGAAAGAACUUUGGAAACAGGAACAGAAUAAAAUGCUGGAAACAGAGACUGCCCUUAAAAAGGCAAAAUUGUUAUGCAUGCAACGUCAAGAUGAGUACGAAAAAGCAAAAUCGUCCAUGUUCCGGGCAGAAGAGGAGCACCUGGGCUCAAGUGGAGGAUUAGUGAAAAAUCUCAAGCAACUAGAAAAAAAACGAAAGCUGGAAGAGGAGGCUCUUCAAAAAGUAGAAGAAGCAAAUGAAUUUUACAAAGUUUGUGUGACAAAUGUUGAGGAACGACGCAAUGAUCUAGAGAAUACUAAGAGAGAAAUUUUAGCACAGCUCCGGACACUUGUUUUCCAGUGUGAUCUUACCCUUAAAGCUGUAACAGUUAACCUUUUCCAGAUGCAGCACCUGCAGGCUGCUUCCCUCGCAAAUAAUUUACAGUCUCUCUGUGACAGUGCCAAACUCUAUGACCCCGGCCAGGAGUACAGUGAAUUUGUGAAGGCCACAAACUCAACUGAAGAAGAGAAAGUCGAUGGGAAUAUAAGCAAACAGCUAACAAACAGCCCCCAGACUUCCAGAUUUGGACCUGCGGACUCUUUAGAAGACGUUGUGCGCCUUCCCGGCAGUUCUAAUAAAAUUGAAGAGGACAGAUGUUCUAACAGUGCAGAUAUAACAGGUCCCACUUCUGUAAGGCCCUGGACGUCGGGCAUGUUCAGUGACUCAGAGAGUACUGGCGGGAGCAGCGAGUCCCGCUCUCUGGAUUCAGAAUCUAUAAGUCCAGGAGACUUUCAUCGAAAACUUCCACGAACCCCAUCUAGUGGGACCAUGUCGUCUGCAGAUGAUCUGGAUGAAAGAGAGCCGCCGUCCCCUUCCGAAGCUGGACCCAGUUCUCUUGGAGGAUUUAAAAAAACAUUGAUGUCAAAAGCGGCUCUCACUCAUAAGUUUCGCAAGUUGAGAUCCCCCACAAAAUGCAGGGAUUGUGAAAGCAUCGUUGUGUUCCAAGGCGUGGAAUGCGAAGAGUGUCUCCUUGUUUGUCACCGAAAGUGUUUGGAAAAUUUAGUCAUCAUUUGUGGUCAUCAGAAACUUCUGGGGAAAAUAAACUUAUUUGGAGUAGAAUUCACACAAGUUGCAAAAAAGGAACCAGAUGGCAUCCCUUUUAUACUCAAAAUAUGUGCCUCAGAAAUUGAAAAUAGAGCCUUAUGUCUUCAGGGAAUUUAUCGUGUAUCUGGAAACAAAAUAAAAACUGAAAAACUGUGCCAAGCUUUGGAAAAUGGAAUGCACUUGGUGGACAUUUCAGAAUUUAGCUCACAUGAUAUCUGUGAAGUCUUAAAAGCAUACCUUCGACAGCUCCCAGAGCCCUUUAUUUUAUUUCGAUUAUACAAGGAAUGUAUAGACCUUGCAAAAGAGCUGCAGCAUAUAAAUGAAGAACACGAGACCAAGAAGAAUGGCCCCGAGGACAAAAAAUGCGCCAAUACCUGUAUAGAAAUAAACCGAAUUCUUCUCAAAAGCAAGGACCUUUUAAGACAAUUACCAGCAUCGAAUUUGAACAGUCUCCAUUACCUCAUCGUCCAUCUUAAACGGGUAGUAGACCACGCUGAAGAAAACAAGAUGACCUCCAAAAACCUGGGGUUGAUAUUUGGGCCGUGUCUCAUUAGGCCGAGACCCACCACUGCCCCUGUCACCAUCUCCUCCCUUACGGAGUACUCCCAUCAAGCCCGGAUCGUGGAGUUCCUCAUUGCGCACUCACAGAAGAUCUUUGAUGGGUCCCUGCAGCCGCAGGAUGGAGUUGCGGGCAGUCCGGGUGUGGCCGGACCUCAUCUUGACCAGGGCGGUCCGCCGAAACCUGUGCUGUCACCAGAGGAAAGGGACCUGGAAUAUCCCAUGAAGUCACUGUUUUUCUCCUCAAAGGAAGAUAUUCACACUGCAGAUAGUGAAAGCAAGGUUUUGGAACGAAUUACGUCACUUGAAGAAUCGGAACACAAGCAGACUGCAUCAGAAAAAGGCACCGAUGACAAAGCUCGUUUGCUACUAGACCAUGUGCUUGAGGCAGCAUCCGAGAAAGUGGAAAAUGUGCGUAAAUCUCCUAAUCCACUUAUUCUGAAGGCUCAUUGGGAACCAAGCAAUUUUGAGAGGCACACUCGAAGGACCAAGGUAAUGGUUAGGCCUGUAAGCUUGCCCGUAGACAAACUCCUCCUGGCAAGCCUUCCCAGCGAGAGGAAUGGCAGAUACAUGGGGAUUGUCCAUUCAGACCGGUUUUACAAGAAUCCUGCCCUUGAAGGAGUUAAUAGAAAAGACACACCUGUGUGUUCCAACACGGAUGGCAGUGACUUGCAAACUGUACAAAAAAGUUGGACCAAAAGGUAUGAGCAGUCUGACCCGACUGCAAGGACUGUGCCCAGCACAGCGCAGGAAAAAGGCAUGACGACCAGCAGGAGGACUAGUAGGGACCAUUUGGUCAGCGCCACCCAGCCCAGUAAGCCAUCUGCGGAGCCCAGCAGGUCAGCCAGAGAGGUGCUGGAAAGACGGUCCUCGGAUUCCAACCCUCUUGCUCCUGUCAGAGCGCCCCGGACUCUGCAGCCCCAGCACUGGACAACGUUCUAUAAACCCCGGACUCCUGGGAGCAGUCUGAAGGGGAGUGAAGAGAGACCAUCCUCUCCCGCCCCAGCACUGCCUCCUGGCCCAACACCUGCUCCCCAGAGCCCCACGGUGCAGUCAAAAUCACUGCCAGACGCGGCCACCAGUGCUGAGCAGCCUGUAGGCAAGCCCUGCUCGAACUCGGGGAGUCCCGCCCCGCCCGACGUGAACCCAACCUGUCAGAGGCCAAGGCUAAAACGAAUGCAGCAGUUUGAAGACCUGGAAGACGAAAGCCCGCAGUUUGUGUAGGGGUUGCCAAAAAUCAGGUUUUCUUUUCUUUUGGUUCUGUUUUGUUGUAUUGUGUGUGUGUGUGUGUGUUGUUGUUUUUUUUGAAAGAAUGUUCAACGGGGCCAUUUUUGUAUAGGAUUGCCAAACUGUGGAUUUUUUAAUUAUUAUUAUUAUUGUAUUUUGUUACCCUGUGUUGGUUAUACUGAAUGGUAGAAUGUUUGGGUAGGGUCACAUUUGUGCCUCACUGAAGUUAUACCUUUGAAUUCUGUACUUUUGAACUUGUGAAUAAAAUAGGUGGAUUCAUAUAUUUCAAAGGUCAGUUGAUUGUUCCCCGUGAAAUGGUCCAUUUAAAUGCAUCCUUAAUAUAUAGUCUAGUUCUCACCGACUAGGUGCACUUGGGGAAAGUCAGCAAUAUUUUUGAGGUGAAGCUGAGUGUUUAUUUAUGGGCGGAGUGUUUCUGAAUGUGUGUCCUGAUUGUCCCCCAGACACCGUCCUGCUGCGGCGCGUCUGUUACCACUGGCGCUUUGUUGUAUCGCAAGCUUCUCUUCCCCAGUUGGCAGUUCACCAUGUCACUUCCUAACAUUCACUUGUUGGUCAGAAAGCUUGCAAAUCUGUAUUUAAUUGCAUUUAAUGAAGUGCCAAUUUUAACAUAUUGUCAGUUGUACAAAGAAAAUGCACUUAAACUUGUUUCCAAAUUGUACAGUUCGGUCAUGUCUUAUUUGGCUUUAGAUGGUUUUAAAACAUUUGCUAGUUUAUUUCUCACCCCUUGAGUUUUGUUCAACAUAAACAUUUUGUUUUUCAGCAAUUCUGAACUUUGCGGUAUUUUAUGUAAUGGUCCAAAAAUGCCUAUUUCAGAAGUUUUUAAAUUCAAUACAUUUCUUCUUAAUAUUGUAUGGUUUUGUUUUUAACCAUUUUCUUUUGUAUUAAAUGUUUUCACUCAUAAA